CUCAGACACCUGCUGUGCCACCAUCAGCGAAAUCACUGGCAGUUUAUUCUUAUCAUUUCGGUCCUGUGAUUAUUAUUCAAAUAUUGCCUAAACAGUUGUUAGCACAAUGGAGGUUAACUAGAACCCGAAGGGUUACAUUGCAAGCUGAACAAUUUGCAUCACUUGGUCCUAGACUGGCGCCAACAGUACCAUGCAACUAUGUAAUCGGUAACUUUGAAAUGCAGCUUGGAACGAUGACCGUCGGUAACAUUCAUAGCUGAAGUUGACACUCUAUCACCGGGCAUCACACCCCCGACUACUACAAUCCCUUUCGAUCCCAGCGGGUCCCCCACAAUGGCUCCUCAAACCUGCGGGUUGACUUCAGCACCUCUGUCCCCCCAUUCCUCUCCCAAUGUCAUCGCCAAGUACAAUGAACGCAAGUUGUUGAACCAGUCGCUGUUGUUGUUUGGUGACGGAAUCGACGCGGAGAUUAGUGCGAAGAGCCAGUUACAUCUGGGGAAUCACCAGGGACUCGCUGACGGAUGAUAGACGAUAAAAUGCGACCCAAACCGUAUGAUGGAACGGCACAACUCUAGUUGGGUCAUUACCUUUGAGCAUUGAGCGAUCGCCGAUGAUUAUCCCGAGAGACGACGUGCUACGAACGUGGAAUUAAAGGACCAUAGUUUAAGCUGUGAUGCUGCAUGCUUUUGAGGUUGAAUUAGUUGUGAAAACGGCUCGAGCUCUGAAUGAUGGACUCAUGUCUGAUGACCCUCAUUGCAGCCUGCAGGACACGAGCCUGGCUGCGAUGAGUAUCUAGAACCUAGAGGGCAUGAAUGCCGAGGCGAACUAGAAAUCGAGUUGUAUUGCAGGCCAAACAAAUUUGCAAGAGUCCCAGUGAUGAUGAUCC